CUUCGUUCGACCUUGGAAAGCAAUAGAUAUUUGCGUCCGUUUGAUAUGUCUUUGGAACUAAGUUUGUUGUCUUAUUCGUGUCUUUUUAAAACAUGACAUUUUAUCUUCACCUCACUCAUCUUUAUGUAUGGAUGACGUAUAUAUAUGAGAGAGAAUCAUGGAGUUCGUUCGGUUCACGAAUCGAUCGAUUCGUGAUUAGUUUGAAUAUAUAUACAUUAAUUACCUUUAAAUAUUUUAUGCUUGAUCAAUAACAGUCUUGAUAAUUGUGAGUUAAUUUAUCAUACUCGGGGCAGGUUUUAGUUUUUCUAUUCAUUGUUUUUGUUUACAACUACAUAGCUAUAGCUAUGUGAAGGUCAUUUGACUUCGGGAGUUUCUCCAAAAUACCCCAAAAUUUCCCCAAACUUGGUAGCUCAGGUUCCUAUCUUUAAGCCUAGGCUCCUAACGUUGGGAGACCAACCACUUUUUGAGUAAAGCUUAUGACAGCCCAAGCUGCCAGCUUUGGGGAAAUUUUGGGGAAUUUUGGGGAAAUUUUGGGGAAAUCCCCAAAGUGAAAUAGCCUUCCCCAAAGUUUGGGGAAGUUUUGGGGUAUUUUGGGGAAAUUCUGGGGAAAUUUUGGGGAAAUCCCCAAAGUGAAAAACCUUCCCCAAUCUUUGGGUAACUUUUGGGGAAAUCCCCAAAAUGAAAUAGUUUUCCCCAAACUUUGGGGAAAUUUAGGGGAAAUCCCCAAAAUUGCCGUAGCGCAUUUUUUCACAUUAAAAUUUCAUCGACAUAAUAUAAAUAAGCCUCACAGUAGUAAAUUUGAAUAGAGAAAUUUACAUUUUAAUUCAAUACAGACUUUUGAUGAGGGAUAAUCUUUGGAAUUCCAGGUCUUGUUUUAAUACAUCAACAAUAAGUAGACAAAGAGUUGUCGGUUUUAAAGCACUUUUUCAAAAUUUGAAAGCUAUGGAGAAUAAUAAUAGACAGCUCGAUAAGAUUGCGAAAAGGCGGGCAGCAGACACUAAAUACCCUAGGUUGUUUAGCUGUUCCCGAUCAACCUAUUACAGAAGGUUGAGGAAAAUGAAAGCACAGUUUAUAAAGAAGUGUCAGUUACCGAGCUGUGACGAAGAGACAGACAAUCCAGUUGUCGUCACAGAAUCGCGUAUUACCGUAGCUACAGAGCAGUGGGCUAAUAUUGUCACAGAUACAGCUACUGCUUCAUGUAGUCACGUCCAAUGUUCAGACAACACAAUCAACGAAAUGUCCCCAACCAUUCAUCUUUCGGUGAAAGACGAGUUAGACAAAAUGGUCAUUGAAAUGAUGAAAGGUGGUUAUAUAAGCAUAAAGAAGGCUGAUCAAAUACUGGACAUUUUUCGUGCGCGGUAUCCAGAACUUCCAACGUCCGUCAGAAGUGUUCUACGUCGAUGCAACAACGUGGAGCCUAAGAUCCUAGAUUCUGGAACGUAUUACCAUUUAGGAUUGAAAUCCAGUCUUUUGAGAAUUUCAGGACAUUGGCUUCGUCGAAUCCGUUUCAACGAAUUGCAGUUGCAGUUAAACUACGAUGGUCUAAGUUUGUUCAAAAGCUCUAACCAACAGCUGUGGCCGAUCCUAGGUCGUAUAGUAGCUCCACUAGUUAGUAGUGUUUUCGUAGUUGGGAUCUACGGUGGUGAAGUAAAACCAUCUGAUUUCAACGACAUGUCAGCAACACUUAUAACAGAGUUACAGGAGUUGCUGACAGUAGGUAUUAAUGUAGAUAAGUAUCACUUACAUUUAACAGUUAAAUUAGUUGCUGUUAUUUGUGACGCUCCAGCUCGCAGCAACGUCAAGUACAUUGUGGGACACAAUGGUAUCGCUGGCUGUGACAAAUGUCAGGUCUUAGGGACGCGAAUGGGUGGUCGAAUGACUUUCCCCAAUGGUGAACACGACUUAAGAAGUGAUGUCACUUUUCGUUGUAGGUCCCAAUCUAUCCAUCAUCGUGGCAGAAGUUCAUUUGAAAAUCUGCCAGUGGAUAUGAUUAAAUGUUUCCCUUGUGAACCCAUGCAUAUGAUAUAUUUAGGUGUUACCAAAAAAUUGUUUCAUUAUGGAAGGAGCUAGCUCUUAAGCGACUUAAUAGGAUGGAUCAAUCAAUUAUCGCAUCAAUAAAUGAUGCACUAGACUUAUGUAGACAACACACGACAUGCGAUUUUCAACGGAAAUGUCGUUCACUUAAUGAAGUUUCUGUAUGGAAAGCAACUGAAUGUCGGUUGUUCUUAUUAUACUUAGGACCUGUAGUUCUUCAGAAUAGGUUACCAUUAUCAAUGUACAGAAACUUCCAGUCACUCUCCUUGUCUAUUUAUUUAUUAUCGCACCCUAAGUUUCAUAGCAUAUUCGCUAACAGUGUUAGGGUUUACAUUAAUAACUUUUUAUUAGGUUACGAAAGGUGUUACGGUACCGAACACUUAAUCUACAAUGUGCAUAGUUUAAAGCACAUUGCAGACGACGUUAUGGAACAUGGUACUUUAGAAUCGUUCGCAGCAUUUCCUUUUGAGUCCUACAUGAGAAAAAUUAGGCGUUCAGUACACUGUGGAUUCGCCGUGGCUAAACAAGCCGCACAGCGAUAUGCCGAAGAAGUUUACUUUCAAAGUAUACUGAAUCAGGAUAUGGCUGACAAUGUCACUGAACCUGAGGUAACUGAUAAUUCUUCCAAGCAAAUGGUCAGUUACAGGAACUCAAAGCUAUCUACUUCAAGGCCGGACAAUGUAGUUAUUGCCAAAGGUAGACCAGGGUUCGUAACAGAAAUCCGUGAUGGAGGUCUUAUUAGGUUCCGGCCAUUUCAUAGUCCUUCUGAUUUGUAUACUGACCCUUUUCCCUCCAGUAGUAUUGGUAUGUUUAAGUGUUCUACCUUAAGCCACGAAUGCACGUGGAUAACACUAACAGACAUACUUUGUAAGUGCAUGUGCUUGCGCACACAACAUUAUGAGGUCAUUAUCCCUCUUUUACAUACAUUCUAGUAGUAGAUGUGACAUCAUUUCUCAAGGACUGUUGCAAAUAUAGCACUUUAGCCAGUAACAGUCUGUUGGUUAGUGAUUUUGCGUCCUCCAUCAGGAAGUGUUACUGAAUUUUCAUCAAUGCAAUAUAUGUACAAUUUUUCACGCCUGCGCAUUCAUUUACAGCAUCAAAGUGGAAAGUACAUCUUAGUUGACGAUAAGGAAAACAAGCAAGUGGUCUGUAUUCCGAACAAAUGGCUCCUGACCAACAAUCAUUACCUUUAUCGUGAUGAUAUCAGUGAGCACGAAAUUGUUGAGGGUGUUGAUGUUGACAUUCGAUUCGACGUGAGAAAAUGUGCCGUUAUGCAUCGUUGUGACGACUACAAUGUAGCCCAGGAAUUAAAAGUGUGUUUAGCAACAGUACUGGGCUACAAUACUAACAUCGCAACUAACGAUGAAACGCAGCCUUGUGACGCUAAGAAACCAAAAAGAACUGUCAAACGAAAGCUUAAUGAUUAUCUAUGCACCUCGGAAGAACUAGAGGUUGCUGAGGUUGAGGCUGGAUUUGCCCCGGUGGAAUUUCCAGUUGUCAACAUUUCAACAGGAACGUUUUCUCCGAUUGCGAGUUCAUCGAAAGCUAACCUUUCAUCACCACCAAUUCUACGUACGUCGACUGAAGGUGAUAAACCGUAAGUUGCAUUUACUUUAUUCCUGAUAACGAAAGUUUGUGCGAUGAUACAAACAAACUGUUAAGAACGCUCCUGAAAUCGGUCAGUGAGCUGUCUACGAAAAUAGACAAAAUGCUAUUUUUGUAUGAACGCUUAGCCAUGGGUGUAACUCACGGGCGUACAGAGGAAAUGGAUAGUGAUGCAAUCACUUUCCCAUUACGAACGCAUGACGAGUUGCGUUCUUUAGAGACAGCUUUAGAGAACAAAAAUUCCGGGAUCAUUUCGUAAGUUGUAAUCGGUGUUUGAAGAAAUUUUAGAUGGGAAGAUUAUACCAUCUACUAUGUGAUGAUCUUCGUAAAUCAGCAAAAGCCUGUCUGAAAUACCUCCUUUCUCCGGAACUGGCAAACACGUACACCUUGCACGGAACCAGAAGAAAAUUCGGGAUUAGUAAAUACAAAUUUUACUCCACGGUUCAAAGUGCUUUGUGUUCACACUUCCGGAGUGCGACCUGUUCGGAAACGGAGAUCACGCACGCCAUGGCUACAGCAAGCCAGGCCUUCUUGCAUGACGCAAGAGAUAAAGUACAUAAACGUGGAUGGCGAUCCAAAGAAAGGGUGAGCUAAAACUACUUAAUUUGUUUGUUAUAAUACAUAUGUUAACUUUGUCACACAUUGUUCCUACACGUUCCCCUUCCUACUGUUUUGUAUAUUGUUUAAUACCACUUAAUAAAAUGAAGUAUUCAGUUGUAUUCCCAAUAACUGAAGUUCACUUUGGGGUUUUCCCCAAAAUUCACAGGAUGUUAAUUUUCAUUAUAUUUAUCACUAUAAUCACUGUACUUUAAUUACUGUAACAGCUUAUGACUUUGUGAUCAAUACUCAAAGUAAUAUAACUUGUCUCUUGUAUGUUUCCCUUUCAGCUGGCUUCGCAGGCUUUAUCAGACGUAACUGUAAGUUCUUUGUUCGCAUUAUUAAGAACAUUGUUAUACUGUUGGUACAUCACCAAACUUUCACAUAUCUUGACACGUUAUUAUACACUACAAAUGAUUUAUUUAUUUAUUUUUUAGAACAUUAUCAAUGACAUUUCUACGUCUACGUAAGGUGUUGCUGUUACAACGCAAUGAAAAACUUUGUACAAAUGAUUCAUUUGUAAUUUUAUUAACUGUAAUAAACAUUUAUAUAUUUCAUAAAUCAGUCUUUUGAUAAUCGCGACAAAUCGGUUAACAUUAGGUUUCAUUAGCAAUGCGCGAUUGACGAAAAGUAAUAAAACGUCGCAGUAAGAAAUGUACGUAAGCAUACUCCUAGGUCUUCCGUGAUGUCGAUAGGCUUUCGAGAAGCUUUUGCGUCAAAACAGUUUUCCAGGAAAACCCAAAGGUUUGGGGAAGCUUCCUCAAAAUGAUAUAACUAUCGUGUCCGUUCCCCUUUCACCCGGCUUCGCAGGCUUUAACAGACGUCACCGUAGUGUAUUUGUUCUUUUGUAUAUUGUUUUAUACUACUUACAAGAAUUCAGUAGUCAGUUGCAUUACCAAUAACUUCAGUUAACUUUGGGGAUUUCCCCAAAAUUUCCCCAAACUUACCCAAAAUUUUCCCCAAACUUACCCAAAAUUUUCCCCAAACUUCCCCAGGUCAGGGGAAAUUUUGGGUUUUUUUUCUCAUUUCCCCAAAAUUUCCCCAAAAUUUAUUAUAGCGGCUUCCCCAAAAUCGACUCGAUUUUCCCCAAAGUUGGGAGCCUGGGAGAUUGCGUCACAUAACCCAAAAUGUACUUACAUGUGAUUCCUUUUCAGAAUUUUCUAAACAUUCUCAUUUUGGCUUGUGUUGCACACACAUUAUUUAUACUUUUUUAGGUAAUGGGUUGCGCAAUAACGUAGGAUUUUUCAGUUAUAGUCAGCUUGUUUAGGGGGCUGGAAUAUUAUUGGGUUGAAAUUUUUAAGGUUUAUAUUCGAAUGGUUUCUUGAGUUCUUAACGGGAGUAAUUACUUCGUUCCCCGUAUUAUUAUUCAUCCUAAUCUGUACGUCUUCUUUUAAAGAGCCGUAAAGCAUCUGGCGAGUGAUGACUAACUUCUCAUUUAUGCUUGGGCUUGUGGUGGAGUUCCACACACUUCUGGUCUUCUUCAUUGCUUGGGCUCUAGGAACUGUCCAACCGGUUAGAACAAAAUCGUAAAGUUUCAACUAGUGACUUUAAGGGCGAGACUAUAAUUUAUGGGUGCAAAUUUCAUUCACUCAUUCAGCUUAAUACCAUUUUGUCAUUAUAGCUGAUGUCAGCUCGUGAUGAAAACAACAAAUCUUAUUCCCAACCUCAACGUUCAACAGUUAAUCUUAUUCUUAAGUCCUUAUACUAAUCUAUAACCCUUACCUAACCAUAAUCAAUAGAUGAACGCUUUGAAGUCAUUUCAGCACUGCACAAAGGUCGUCCAUAAAUUAGCCCCACCACCAGUCACCGUGGAAGUAUUUUAAACCGUAACAAAAAUUUCAUCUGUGUAACCUGGCAGUAUGUAAUUUAUUUCUUAGAGUGCUAAGAAAGGGGGGAUUUUAUCAUAAUGUGUUCUAUUUUAACCGUGAUAAUCUACAUCCCGUUAAUUCAUCAAUUUUACUUUAAAAAGUGCCUGAAAGUUCAUUAUCUAGGACUGAUAUAGAUAUGUUUGCAUAUAAAUGCACUUUAACUCUUGUAGCAAAAAUACAGAGUGUAGGAUUUAGUUUAAAAGAACGUCUUAUUGAAAUGAUUGACUGAUUGUCCUUAAAACAGGAAGGUACAUAUUCUGGAAGACUUCCUUCAGCUAAGCUUAUUAUCUAAUUUUUCUCUUUUCUCAGGUGACUAUAAGGUCGAAACAAGAACUUCCAAUUUCCAGCUUAUAAGUUCCAUUUCUUAUACUUCAGUCGCAUAUUUCAAGUGUACUUUGUCCAUUAUUUACGCUUAUAAAGGCCUGAAGACCGUAGAAUAUGGCUAAAACAUGAGAGUCAAUUCAAAGGAACUUGGGUGUGUAUCUCCUUCUUGGAAUUCGUCUUUUGAAGGCAUCCUCUAUUGGAAACAAAAAGUAGAUUCGCGAUUAAAGCGUGGAUGUAUUUUUUCUGAACACUGGUGCCGGUUGAAAGGAAACAUUUUGAUUCUUUGCCGUUUUCCCGAUAGAACAAGCAAUGAAGUCUCAGGUGUGGUACUGUUAGAGCGUUUCACUGUGUCGCGUACUAGAGAUGAAGAAAUAUCCUACUCAUUUCGUUUAGAUUUCGAUUCCGGUGAUAAACCUCUUGUAUUUGUCGCUCGUUCUGAAGAUGAGGCAGAGAAGUGGUGUCAUCACCUUAACAAGGCACAACUGGCACCUAGGUUACGGCGUUUUACUUUGCUUCGUGAUGAAAUACGGAGAAUCACAGGAUCUGAUCCACUAGAAGCUGGAUUUUCUAGUAAUUCAGUUACCCCACCAACUAUCGUUGAGGAAGGUUCAUUGAAUGACGAGGGACUUGAAGUUAUGCUGAAAUGCCUGAAUAUUGGAGAUAUGGCACAUCCUAAUGAGCUUCCUAAUACUUGUCUAUUUGUUUCUGUAUCAACUUCACUGAAGAGUAAUUGGACUCCAGUUGGGGCAACUGAGAUAAUUGAAUGCUCUCGGAACCCAAUUUUUUCGAAAACAAUAUUUCUACGCCACGAUUUAAUUGAUGAGAACAAUUCAAUACGAUUCAGUUUAUUUGAUAUUAAAGAUGUAAAAUCAAGUGUAAGCGCUUUAAUCGGUGAAACAAUUACAACAAUAAAAGUAUUAUUGGAUAGUUCAUCUUUUCUGUUCCCAUUACGUGAUGAUUGUUCUCCAAUACCUGUGAAGUAUGAGGGUUUAGAGACGACUUUUCCAUCAAUAGUUGUGCAAUCAAGGAAACAAAAGCCAUUAGAUCCCACGGCAGCUAAGGUUGAUGCUAAUAUGUUGUCAUUACGUUCAGUAUGUGAUAAUCUAUUGUCUAAACGAUAUAAAUUCCAAGAUUCAAUGGGUGAGACAAUGCAUAUUAUUGAAUUUAUGGGCGAAUCAAAGCUAUGCUAUGUUUUUCCGAUAGAAUAUCUAAAAACUUUAAUUCAGUCCGAAUAUUUGAUAUAUGACUCUUUAUCUCGAACUGGAUCUUCGAAACCUGUUAUUGAAAGCCUGCGAAAAGAACGAAUGAUUAGCAUGAAACAAACAUUGGAACAGUAUGAAGCUAAUUUAAGAAAUUUAGUUGAUUACACUGGUCCUCUAUUCAAAUCAUCUAAUGAACGUGCUAAUCCUCGCUAUGAUUUUGUUCCGACCAAUCUUCACGUGAAUCAGAUAGCUUUAACGGAUGUAGACGGCCAACUAGUUUCCUCGCAUAAUAUAAUAUCUGUUGGUGCAUUUUCAUUGGCUUCUCGACGUUAUAAAUCUGGUGGUUUAUUUCGGAUGGCAUUCGAUACUAUGAUUACACCGACACGUACAUAUCCACCUUCAGAAUUAUCUUAUUUAAAUCUAUCAUCGGAAUCACCCGUAGCUUCUGCUACAUGUCUUUUAAAUACAAAACCAAUUGGUAAAGCUAUGGAUUUAUUAUAUCGUGGAACACAUUCUAUUGCUUUAUUAAGAUCUGAUUUAGCUGGUCUUAUUCAAAGAUUAAACGCACCUGGACAGGCUGAACCAUUAGCUCAACGUUUGCAAAAAACUGUAUCUUCUAUACAGUGGAUAUUUUCAGAUAAAUUAUUAUCUAACUUAAAUGUUUUACCAGUUGUUUCAUGUGAUUUCGAAGUGAUUAUCACUUUACUUACACAAUUAUCAUCAGUGGAAAUAAUGAAAUCAACAAAUUCUCAACCAUCACAACCCAAUGAUCAUGUAAUAAUUAUAAAUAAAAAGAAAAAUGAGUCUCGUGAAAAUUUAAUAGAUUCUUUAGAUAAAGCUGGUCAGAAAUUAUCCAUUACUUUGGAACGUAUAUGGGAAAGUGCAGCAUCAGUGCUAUGGGAUCAUGUCUUGUCAGGUCUUGCAGAUUUAUCAAAUCAACAAACUCUUUCUGUUAGUAAAGAAAGUAGUGGUAAUUAUUCUGAUUUAAUUGCUGAAGCAGAACGUUCCGCUUAUCCCAAUAUGUUACCAAUAAAUGAUAAUGUACUUACUGCUGUUUCAAUUAUUCAAGAUUCAUUCAAUUAUCGACAUCAUGCAUGUGUUUGUCAGGUAGAUUAACCAGUAACAUUAUUUGAUUUGUGUACUUUAUUAAUUAACUCAAUUCUAUCCUCUAUUAUUUUUCAUGAAAGUUAUAACUUGAGAGAUACAAUUUAAUUAUUUUAUGGUAGGAUUUAUUAUGUACUAAAGUAUGUAUAUUUCUAGCGGUGAAUCAGUUUAAUGUUGGAAACAUUCUUUAUAUACUGCUUAAAUCCUAAAAGAUUGAAUUUAUACUCAAGUUGGUCAGCUGAUUUCUCCUAAUAAUUCACUAGCUACUUUAUCUGAAUAAAUGUAGAUACAGCGUUGGAUAGUAUAAAAUAAAUAAGUUUUACUGUUUAGAAAUAAUCUCUUGUCGCUCCCAAAUGCCCUGGUACGACCAAGAGGCGGGAGAGUCCGCUCUACCUCUCGAAAUGCUCUCACAUGGCCACGCGUAUAUAGCCUCUGCCAGGGAAGUCUUACCCACUGCCUUCUCGUGGCGGGGGUAUUGUUUACGAAAUUGAGAGGACGAAAUGCGGAUGUCCGGCGCUUUAAUCGGGUUGGUGGACAUGGAGAGUACACCUAGGGGAGUUGGAAAACCCUGAUUCCAAACAGAUGGUGCACAUGGGCUCCAGUAUCCUGAGGGAGCAAAUGGCGUAUGAACCAAUCGUUUGUCACCGGCUAGUAUGGGACUGCAUCUCCUUACGAUGGUCCACUGCAUUGUGGGUCAUACCUUUAGGUCAAAGGCUCGGGUGUGGCCCCGUAAAAAAACCACAUGCUUCUGUUUGGGCACUCGAGCAGUAUCACAGCCCUCACACAAAUCAAAUGAGAUUUGUGUGGCGCAUAUGUAUUUGGUACCUCCUUGUACCAAUAUAUAUGUAUUCAAAUAAAUAAAUAAAUAAUAAAUUUAAUCUCUUGUUAGAAAUUUGUUGUUGAGUUUAUUAUCAAAGCUUGCUCUGGGAGAACUAGAACUCAGUUUAUUUUAUUUUCAACCAAAGAACACGUUUCACUAUGUACCAACAGUUUGUCUUUCAACUUUGAAUGCAUAGUCUUUUCAUUUUAUCAAUAACAUCUUUUUGGAUAUUGAAAAUUUUACUGUAAGCGUAUUAGGUAUCUGAUAAAAGUAUAGAUAUAUACCAACCAACAUAUUUCUCCAAUCAACGCUUUUUCAUCGCUAAUGAUAUUUAAUUAAUGAAAUAUUUUUAUCAAACGCAGUGGUUUCUUUUAAUCUGUUAUAUGUAUGUUUUUUUACCGGAAUUUCACAGACUAUUUUGAUCUAUUAUUGCCUUAUUUUCACUGAAUGUAUGUCAAAACAUUGAACAUAUAUCCAUUAGACUGAUUAUAAAUGGUUAUACUAGCUAGUUAUUAAUGUCCAGUCGCCCAAUGUUUGGUGGAAGUUAUUAUUUACUCUAAUGUCCAUUUGUCUUUUUCUCAAUCGGAUUUCGCUUGCAGGAUUGUUUCAUCUGAUAAUUAGUUUAAUUACAAAUCCUUUCGGAGUUAGAUGUUGUCUGAAUAUGUGUGUUGUUAACCAUGACGUUUUUUCCACUUUUUUCAACGUAUUUAAUAAUACUCACAUAGUCGCGUUUAUUUUCCUGAGAAAUGUAGCUAUUAACUGCAGUUCUUACGGCGUUGUCAGUGCAUAUACCCAGGUGGGAUCGCAAAGAUUGGGAACAAGCUGCUGUGUGUGGUGUCCUAGCUCAGUUUGAAGGCCUUCUAAGUUGUUAUGGCGACGAACAAGGAAUGAUUGAGGAUUGGGCAUGGGCAAUUGAUUAUUUGUUGACGUAUCGUGUUACACUUCGUCCAUCUGGUAACUUCUCUGAUUCCGUAAUUGAUACGAGUGGAAGAAAUUCCGAGAAUACGGACUCGAACGUUCCUACCUCGAAUCUCUCUGAUACUGAAGAAUUUCAUGUGGAUUUCAAAGUCACAAGACUGAACGAAUGCGAGCUUACUGUUCCUUGGAAAUCAUGGGUUCAUGCUCCUUCGGAAAUUCAAGCUCGUGGUCGUGUACGAAUUCGUUUACAUCCAGUCUCAUUUGUAGUCGGAAUCAAUGAACUACAAUCAGUUGCUGAAACUUUAGAUAAAACUGCUGUGCAAAACGCAGUAAACAAUCAUGGCUUAACAUCUUUACGCGCUUAUUUCAAUCGAUAUACAAAACAUUUUGGCGCUCCAGGUCGAACUGUUUCAAAUCAAGAUGUCUGGGAUUUACUCACAGAUAUUACACAUCAUCUUUCUACACCUGUUCGUUCAAAACCAGUUGAAGUGUUACAGUUAGCAUCAGAAAUUACUCAAGCAUUUCAUGGUUUACGAAUAACAACUUGUAAAUCAGCUAAAGAUCGUACAGCUAUGUCUGUUACUUUGGAACAAAUCCAAUGGUUGAAAAGUGAAGGUAUGCAUGAAAGUUGUUUUACCAAAGCUCUUCAAUGUAUUCGAAGCACUGGUCUACGUUUAGAUAAUGUAAUGAAAAACACUGGUAAACGUAAAUAUGCGUUCAGUCGUCUCCAGCUAUUAUCAUUUCCAAGAUUGUAUAAACCACCAAUGGGAACAUAUUCUACAAAUGUAUCAUCGUAAUAUAUAUCGUCGAUAGUAGAUUUAUUCAACAAUCAAUUUGAUUUAUUCGACACUGAUUCUUAUUUUUCCUAUCGACUUUUCUCUAUUUUCAUUUUAUCAUCGAUGAAAACGAAGAAGAGAUUCAUUCUUUCUUUUGAUAUUUGAACAAUCAAUUUAUCUUUAAGUGGAGUAUAAGUAUGUUUCAAUAUUAUUAUUAUCAUUACUAUUGCUAACAAAAUACUAUGGAUAAUACUUUAUUAAUGAUAACUGACUUUAUAGUCACGUUGAUUUCCUUUUUCCAAUUUUCGUCUUUCCUAACCUCAUUCCUUUGUGUCAUUGUGUUUUGUAAAAAUAAAGUCUCCUUUAUUCAUUUCAUAAAAAUCUUAUUCAUUAUUUACUACUAAUUUUGAUUGUAUAGUUGUAUUCAUACUGUUUCUUUGAUAAUUAUGAUGACAAUAAUGAUUGAAUUCAUUUACAUCAAUUAAUCUAUACUUUAUUCAUUGAUGUAUAUUUAUUAUAUCUUAAGAAAUAGUUCUACUUUAUCUCACGCAAUGUGUAAUUAAUGUCGGUAACUACUGCUCUUAAUAUGUUGUGCAUAUAUGUAUACAUAAAUCUAUACAUGUUGAGACGACAAGUGUAUAUUGAGCUCAUUUUUAUUCUUUCUUCACAACAUGAUGUAAGUUUGUGUGUUUAUAUGUAAGGAGAAGAUGAACUGUUGUUAAACAAUAUGAUAAAUAUUUCAAUGUACAAUAAUUUCUCAAUUGUUUCUAGUUCAUGAUUUUAAAACAAGAAACAUUCUUGAAUCAUCUUUGAGAAUUUUUAUUUAUUUUUGAUAUUCUAUUGAAUGUAAGCAAUGACGUGACUAGAUGUUAAACUAUAUAGUGUGAAGUUAUUAAUUAUUCAGAAUGAUAUUUUAGUUUUUCGUUUUGUUUUUUGAGAAAAAUACAUUUCUCUUUUAUUAUCGAAAAUGUUGGACAUAUGUUAAUGAACAUAAAAGAAAACUACAUAAAUGAUGAAAAAUUACCAGAUAAUUGUAAUUAUGAAGUUGAAUAGAAUAAUGUCAAAUGUAUUCAAGUAUAGAAAUCUCUAAACAGUAUAGUCGGGAAAUAAAACAGAAAAAAACAAACAGAAAGAGAGAUUAACUGAAUCAAUGUGGUGAAGAGAGUGAAUUUUUCAGAGAAAUUUGCUAGAUUACUGGUUGUUUCGUCAGAUUGUCAAAGUGAAAAUGAUAGAAAUAUAAUUGAAUUACAAGUAUCAAUACUAUUCGUAAUGAAUCUUGUAUAUUAGGUACCUCAUUAGAAGCGUCAUUAUUAAAUAGAGAAACCCAGCAUGAGUUAUGACAAACCACAAUAACUCGGAUGUAGCAAACUAUACAUGACUAAGAAUUUUGGAAAAUAAUGAAUAAUGAUAAUCCGAGCUGAUAAAAGGGCAUAUCAUACUGAAAAUAGAUGAGGUUGACCAUCGUAAUAAGACUGAGGAUGUCGUUGAAGAUAAUAAUAAGAAGUAGUUCGUUUAAGAAUUCAGGCAGCUAGCUCGAAAGAAACUCAUCAAACACAGGAUAAAUAACAAAAAAUGAACAAAUUCAAGUAAAACGCUGUGGGCUUGUACUCCUUCAGUUUCACGGUGGAUCAAAUUGUGUAAAUCAAAUACUUUCCUGCGUUCAGUGUUUUCGGAUUCAAAGACUAAUUUACGAUCUAAGUGGUAUUUAUUUAGCUUUAUAGAUUUUAUGCGAUUCAUACACAAUAUACUAGUAUUCUUAACGAUUAUAACCAUGUUUGCCUCCAUUAUUAGAUAUGAUCAUUUGAAUACUGUUUUUGUUAGACUGACUGAUCAAAACCAUACCAUACAAAAUACCCAAAUUUAUUUAAAACAACUAAAAAUUUGAUGGAAUAGUAGGCAAAGUGGUGGUAGAAUAGUUUUGAAGGCAAAUUAUUUAUCAUUUACAUCUUCGAUUGUCUGGGCUGAUCUGAAGCAGCACAAGAGAAGUGGGAUUUUUAGUACAUUGAAAGCCGACCCAAACUGACUAAAUUCUCACUUGCAACAGUAACAUAUCAAUGACUCAAAACACUAGUUAAAUGCGAAACCUAAUUAAGAGAGACACACCUUCCUUAAGGACAAAUGAAAAGUUCCUAUCGGUUGUCUUUCAUAGGGAUGAAAGUUCAUAAAUUUGCUGAAAGAAUACUUAUGAACCGCAUCAAGAAAGAAAAUCAACCGUGGACAAUAGGUAAUGGAUAAUCUCAUAGGAAACAUUUGAAUCUAAUUCAAUGUAUGUGUUUAUAAGAAAAUAAUCACUUUUUAGUUCCUGUAAAAUUAUUCAAAAGUAUAUCUACCAUACCAUCUUCAGACGAAAAUUAUAGUCUUAGCUUAAGAAGGUUCCAUUUUAGCACACUUAGUUCAAAUGAACUAAAAGCCCAAGAAAUAGCUACUUAGAUUUUUGAAAACUCUUCUAUUAAGUUAACCACAUUGUCUCCAUAACUGAUCGAUCGUGUUUACCAUAAGGUAACCAAAUGUGCUUAUUUACUCCCACUCUACAUUUGACUCAAUUUACAUCUAUCUGGUUUAAUUAUUUUUCUCUGUGUAAGAGUAUAAGUGCAUUCCAUUUUCUAUCUUUCAGUAAAAAUCGAUUCGUGCAUUACGUAAUCUCACCGUACGUUUAAUAUUAUUCUCA